AUGGGGGACACCUCUCAAGCCCAAGAUACUGUCGUCGCCAUCGUCGGUGGAGGAUUAGGCGGCGUGUGUACCGCCGUAGGCCUCAGCCGCGCGGGAUACACCAUCCACGUGUUUGAGAAAGCAGCAAGUUUCGCUGAGCUCGGAGCAGGGUUGAGCAUUGGGCCCAACUCCAUGCGCGCGCUGGAGCUCCUGGGCCUGGGAAGCAUUUUCGAGGCGAUAGCGAAGAUCAGCGAGCUUAACCCGCUCUGGUUCCGCGUCCUCGACGGUCGUGACGGAACCCACGUAACAGAUCUUCCGUCGAAUGUCAACAUCCACUUCUCCUCGCUCGUGAAGAAAGUGGAGAACAUGCAGACCGCGAACGGUGCCUACGCGCGCCUGGCCAUCGAGAGACGAGAACACGGGCAAAAUCCCUCGAGAUCGGAGCCGGAUUUCUUCGUCGCCAGCGUCGUCGUCGGGUGCGACGGGAUCAAGAGCGUGGUCCGCGAGAGCUUGGGAGAGCAGUGCGGCGGGCGGGUGCGGUACACGGGCACGUACAUGUACCGCGGGCUGAUCAACAUGGACGACGCCGUCGCCGCCAUCGGCGAGCGCGCCCGGAUUUCGACGCAGAGGAUGGGAUUCGACAGGCAAAUGUCGGCCAUCCCGAUCGACGGCGGCAAGACGCUGAGCGUGACCGCGUACGUGUCCGACCGCUCGCGGGACCCGGAUCUGCGCGAGUGGGGGCCGACGAGCUGGAUCGUGCCCGGCUCGACGGAGGAGAUGUUGGCGUCGUUCGAGGACUUUGGCGAGGACGCGAAGACGCUGCUCAAACUCGUGAAGAAGGCGGACAAGUGGGCGCUGCACGAGCUCGUCCCGCCCGAGCGCUGGACCGUGGGCCGGGUGACGCUGCUCGGCGACGCGGCGCACGCGGGGCAGCCGUUCAACGGCCAGGGCGUCGGCCAGGCGUUCGAGGACGCGUACGUGCUCGCGGAGCUGCUCGCCCUGCCCGAGUGCACCCCGGCGAACGUGGAGCGGUUUUUGCUCGCGUACGAGGAUAUACGGAAGGACCGAUCGCGGGUGCAGCAGGUCACGAGCAGGGAGGGCGGCGAGAUCUUCCAGUAUUGCGGACCGAUGGGAAGGGAUCGGGCGGCGAUCGCGAGGGUGUUGAGGGAUCGGUUCGAUUGGCUGUGGAUGUACGACCUCACGAUGGACGUCGAGCUCGCCAAGGCCAAGCUCAAGCUUGCCGGUGUGAUCGUUUAA